AUGUUCAACAACACGAGCAAUCUACUGCUGCAGACCAUGUUGUACUUGGCGCAGACGGACAACAUCACAUUUCCGUUGAACUACACAGCGGACGCGAACAACGUCAUUUUAGAAGGCGAUAACGUGGAGGUCAAGUGCUACGGCGAGUACGGUUGUUUCUCGGUGGCCGGGCCGUGGCAGGACGUCUCCUCCAGGCCGGUAAACGUGUUCCCGGAAAAACCGGAAAAGAUCGCGCCGAGGUACUGUCUGUACACUCGCAACAACAGGAACGUAUGCCAAUACCUGAACCACAAGGACCGCAAUUCGGUGAUCACGUCUCACGUGAUCCCGUCGAUGCCCACGUACUUCAUCACGCACGGGUUCUUGGAGGGCGGCGACAGGCCGUGGCUGAAGGAAAUAGCCCGACAGAUCCUGCGACGGUACGAUGCCAACGUCGUAAUCAUUGACUGGGAACAGGGUUCGGGGUCACCGUACACGCAGGCCGUGGCCAACAUACGGAUGGUGGGCAGGAUAACAGCACACCUGAUAAACGUGAUAAGAACAGAACUCGGAUUAAACGUCGGCAACGUUCAUCUAAUCGGACAUAGUUUAGGAUCGCAUCUCUGCGGUUACGUCGGAAGCGUACUGAAGACGAACUUUGGCGUGACGGUGGGUCGAAUUACUGGUCUGGACCCGGCUGAGCCCCACUUCAGCCAGACUGACCCAAUGGUGAGGUUAGAUCCUUCGGACGCCAUGUACGUGGACAUCAUACACACCGAUUCCAGACCGUUUAUAAAAGGAGGCGAAUUAAGUCUGGGAAUGAGUGCACCGAUUGGGCAUUUAGAUUUUUAUCCAAAUGGAGGAGAAAAUCAACCGGGGUGUAAUCAGGGUAUGAUGAAGUAUAUUAACCGCGAAAACGGUAGUUUCUAUCAAGGCAUGAGAAGAUUCCUGGCCUGCGAUCAUGUCAGAGCCCACGAAUAUUUUAACGAAUCUGUGAACACUCUUUGCAACUUUGUAGCAAUUGAAUGCGAUUCUUAUGAAGAAUUCUUAAGUGGAGAAUGUUUUUCAUGUUUGAGCGAUACGAACCCUGAUGGUAAAAUCUGUGCAGAAAUGGGUAUGCGAUCGUUGGGCCACUGGAAAAAAUACUCCGCCACUAUUGCCAGUUCCAUUGAUCCUAAUGCAUCGCCACACAUACGUUUAUACUCACUCACAAACGGAGACUCGCCAUUCUGCACGUACUUGUACCGAGUGACGUUGAAUUUGGCUAAUUCGCAAUUGAGCAAAGACCACGGUGGUGAAGUAGGACAUUUUUUGGUGCAACUUGAAGGAACUGAAUCGAAGUCUAAACUUUUGAACGUAUUCAAGGAACAACAUUACAAACCGGGCAGUGUCCACCGUCGGGUGUUUGGGUCCAGUAGUGUGGGUUCCAUCAAAUCUGUUCUAUUGGUUUGGAACCACUCGACCACGAUGAACAUACUAACCUGGAGAUUCGAAGCGCCGGUCAUCUACGUCGAAUCGCUGACUAUCGAGGCGUUCAACGGCGGCCAAAAACUAAAACUAUGUCCACCGAAAUUAAUAGCUUUAGAAGCCGGCCUAUCGUUUAGAAUGAUUCCGUGUUAA